CGCCUUUGUUUUUUGGAAUGCGGUGAGCGCACGGGUCUGUACCAAGUCAAGCAGCCGUCCAGGGAGAAAAGGUUUGAACCAAUACUCCGUUCCCACCGGGCUUUGUGGCCGCAACACAACUGAGACCCUGGUAAAGGACAAGAAAUUGAGUUCUUGUGCGGUCUCUUGUCUAGAUUCUGAGCUACUGACUAGCUUUUCUCCACUACUGCUAGAACCGUCUUAUUCCUCUCCCCGCCCCCCAUCCUCUAGUGGCCUGACGAUAGUUCAUUCCGGUGUUGCACUCUCCGGAAGUGCUGAGGCUGUUCGAGUUCGUGGUCCUGCCGCCGUGGUUGCCUCCUUGGGUUUGCCUACUGCCGAUUCUCGCCUGCCGCCCUUCAGAAUCCAACCACCAACAUGUCGAGCAAAAGGGCAAAGACCAAGACCACCAAGAAGCGUCCUCAGCGGGCAACUUCCAAUGUGUUUGCUAUGUUUGAUCAGUCACAAAUUCAGGAGUUCAAAGAAGCAUUCAACAUGAUUGAUCAAAACAGAGAUGGUUUUAUUGACAAGGAGGACUUGCAUGAUAUGCUUGCUUCACUUGGAAAGAAUCCAACUGACGAAUAUCUAGAUGCCAUGAUGAAUGAAGCUCCAGGACCAAUAAACUUCACCAUGUUUCUCACAAUGUUUGGAGAGAAAUUAAAUGGCACUGAUCCAGAAGAUGUAAUCAGAAAUGCCUUUGCUUGUUUUGAUGAAGAAGCAACAGGCUUCAUCCAAGAAGACUACCUGAGAGAGCUGCUGACAACAAUGGGAGACAGGUUUACAGAUGAAGAAGUAGAUGAGUUGUUCCGAGAGGCACCAAUUGAUAAAAAGGGCAACUUCAAUUACAUUGAGUUCACGCGCAUUCUUAAACAUGGAGCAAAAGACAAAGAUGACUGAAACUGAACUCUUGCCUCUGCAAUUCUCUUUAGAUCUCACUUGCGGUUAUCUUUGAGGGUUUUUUCCUGGUAGAACCUGUUGCAUGCAUUUAGCUUUACAGCUUUUGCCUUUCUUGAUGUAUUUAUCUAUACCAGGCCAUUCUGGCACAUAUUGCACCUGUGUAAUCAGGCUGGCAGUGGGGAUUGAGAUUGUGGCGAGAGAUUUGUGAAAGGUAAAAUCAGUGACUGAAGGCCCAGGAAAAAAUGUCUCAAUGUUUCUGGUUUAGCUGGAUUUUUACAUUUUGUAAUAAUGCCAAUUUGAAAUAAGAUUGCUAUAUCAAUAAAAUACCUCAAACGCUG